UCUUUUGACUUUAAUUUUAAUGGUGGGCAACUUGGUGGAAGAAGUGGUCUCUUUGCAAUUUGCAUUAUAUACAAUGAUGAGCACAUGUUUAGGAAUGAAGGGUAGCAUCACCUCAACUUCCUGACUUCCUAAACAAAGCUUGGUUUUAGUCAGCAUUAGCAGGAAAUUUGUGGGGUGAUGGGCUCCGAGAGGGAAAAUUUUGGCCUCACCGGCCCCUCCUUUCUCACUGCUGUUGAUUGGAACAAUUCAAACCACAGAAGGUCCAUUGCUGCCAGCCUAGUCCAAGGAGUUUACGUGCUCGAAUGUGAUCGACAGCAAAACCGUCAAGGCCCUCAGGCCCUGGCUCCUCCCUGGUGGGAAUUUUUCAGUUUCAGGUUGAACCAAGUACUCGUGGACGACCAUGAUUUAUCGUAUUUUGCUGCUGUUUACGAGUUCAACUUCCCGUAUCCCUACCCCAACUACGCAGGCCAGAGGCCCCCGCAAUACGUGAUUGCCUUUCGGGGCUCAGUCAAUAAGUCCAAGACCAGAGCAGAGGAUUUCAAGCUGAAUCUCAAUUGCAUGAUCAAUAAUCUCCAGGAGAGUCGACGUUUUCACAUAGGCAGUGAGUCAGCCCACAACGUCGUCUCUGGGGCCGGCCCUGGAAACGUCUGGCUAGCCGGACAUUCCCUUGGGUCGUCCAUAGCACUACUAGUCGGAAGGCACAUGGCCAAGAACAUGGGGGUUCAUAUUGAAACAUACCUCUUCAACCCUCCGUUCGCCUCUCCUCCCAUCGAACGGAUCAAGAACGAAAAAGUGAAACUCGGGCUAAGGUUUGCCAACAGUGUCCUAACUGCCGGUCUGGCUGUCGCUGCUAGCCAUAGCCGAAAGGCUCAAGAAAACGAUCCGUUCACGGCCGUGCUUUCUUCAUGGAUACCAUACUUGUUCCUCAAUCAAGAAGACAUCAUUUCUUCGGAGUAUAUUGGCUAUUUCAAGCAUAGGGAGAAGAUGGAGUCAAUUGGUGCUGGAAAAAUCGGAAGGCUUGCCACUAAGCAUUCCAUAGGGAGCAUAGUAUCAGCUGCUAGAGGAAAGGAUUCCGAAGCAGUUCACCUUAUUCCUUCUGCUUAUCUGACUAUCAAUUCUAGCCCUUCUCAGAAUUUCAAGGAAUCUCACGGUAUUCAUCAAUGGUGGAAACCGGACUUGGAGUUCGAGUACAAACUAUACCAGUACAAGUGAAAUUCAAUGUAAUUUAUUUAUUUAGUCUGUGAAA